AUGGAGCCUUUUCAAAAUGCUAAGAAAAUUCAUCAGUAUAGGAGAAGGAUUGGUAUUCCUUAUGCUAACAGUAAUUGUAAUGGGAAAAUAUGGUUCUUUGUAAAUUAUAAUAUUGAUGUGGAGAUUUUAGAGGAUACUUCUCAACAAGUCACUUUGAAGCUAUUUUUCCAGGAGCUGGACAAGACCAUGGUUGUGACACUGGUUUAUGCAAAAUGUGAUGCUCUUAAGAGAUUAUCAUUAUGGGAUAACAUGUAUUGCUUAGCAGAUGGUAUGACUCCUCCUUUGUUGAUUGGAGGUGACUUCAAUGUCAUAUUGAAUGAAGAAGAAAAUAUUGGCGGCCUACCUGUUUUGCCUAAAAAAUAUGAAUAUUUUGCCUUUUGCAUCAAUUAUUAUGAAUUAACUGAAAUUAGUUUCAAAGGGAGUCCUUUCACUUGGUGGAAUGGUAGAGCAGAUCAGGAGUGUAUUUUUAAAAGGUUGGAUAUGAUCCUAUCUAAUGAGCAAUUUCAAGAUUGGUUUGGACAUUUGGAAGUGGAUCAUCUAUCAAGAACUAGUUCUGAUCAUGCCCCAUGCUUCUUUCUUGAGAAAGUGAAACAAGUUAAAACUGCUUUAUCUGUAUGGAGUAAGCAGACUUAUGGAGAUAUUUUUGAGCAGCUCAUCAUCAGGGAAGAUAUUGUUAAGAUUAAAGAGCAGUUGUUUGAAGAAGUUCCAUCAGAAACAAAUAGAAUGAUUCUCCAAAGAGAACAGGCAGAAAUGAAGAAAUAUUUGCAUUAUGUGGAGGAAUUUUGGAAGCAAAAAUUUGGUUUCACUCACUUUGCUGAAAGAGAUAGGAAUACAAGAUUCUUUCACAAUAUGAAGCAGUUUUCUCAGGAAGAUGAUCAUGCAGAUGUUUUAUUCCUGAAUCAUGUUCCUGAAAUGGUUAGUCAAGAGGAUAAUGAGCUGAUUUGUGCUACCCCAAAUAUUGAUGAAGUCAAAAAUGUUGUGUUUGAACUAUCUGGGGAUAGUGCAAGUGGCCCUGAUGGCUUGAGUGGCCUAUUUUACCAAGCUUGUUGGGAUAUAGUUGGCAAUGAUGUACUGAAUGUGGUUAAAGCCUACUGGGAGGGACAUAAUCUUCCUAAGUCCAUACACACACUAACCUAG